AUGUCAAAUUCGAAGGAUGCACAUAAAUUAUCGGAUAUAAACACAAUAGAAACUUUAAUAAAGUCCCGGACUGAAGAUGGAGGUGAAAGAACUGAUAGUAAAGCUGCAGAAAACUGUAUAUAUGCUGUAACCGUGACAAAGAAAUCGUCCAGUACGGACAAUGAAGAUACAACACUGGAUUCUGCACAAAAAUCAUUCAUAAGUAUUCAUUCAACCGAUCAAUUAUGUCAAAUACCAAAUGUAAUAAGUCAACCUAGUCUUGAAGAAUGCAACGUGGAAGUAAUAAGCUUAAACGAAGUAUUUCCUUCGACAUCAGAAGAAAGCUUUUCGAACGACGAUGUGUCACCCACGAGAAGGAACGACAAAUACAGAAAAAAUAAAUUAUUAGUUGAAAAAUCAAAUAAAGAAUACACUGGUAGGUUAUCGUAUGUACCGACAAAUAGUAAAUCUGCUACUGGACCAGGACGGCAUAAGGAGACUAUGGAAGCUCAAGCCCCGGUCUAUUCUGAUUUUGACUUACCAAAGAACACUCUUAGGGUCCUAGGAAGUAAUCCUGGAGAACCAAAAAUGAUUUACACGGAUGCACCGAAAAAAAUAUCAAAAACGAUGAAAAAGUUCCUCCGCAACAAAGAUAAGAACAAACACAAAGAGAAUGCUAAAAGCAAUGAGAAGGCAAUCAGUAAGUUGACAACGACAAGGGGCAUACUAAAGGAUAAUCGCAGUGGUCUCGAGUGUACCGGUGACUCUACAUACGAACCUGACGAUUAUAAUGCAGCUGGUGAAGUUGUAUCAUUGGAAAUGGAUUUUGAGUCACAAAGUAAUUAUGCGAAGCAAACACCAGACAAGAACGUUUCCUUCAACACGCAAGUGGUGAUUAUUCACUUUACAGGAGACCUGUGCGUUGGGCAAAGUAUUGAGGAACUCAGCAAAGAGAAGGACCAACAGGCGAGGAAUUCUGAACUUCGAAAAACAUUCCUCACCAAAUACAAUGAGUUUUGGCCCACGCAAAAGUAA